CUGUUUUUAAUUGUAGGCAAAAACUACACUAUCCAUAUAACCGAGGGAGCGUUAUUACGCUAUCCACAGGAGGACACAGCUCCGCUUCAGAAUGCAAACGCAUUGUCGUGGUUUGUUGCAUCGUAAUUGCUACAUGCCUGCAGUAUUGCCGUCGAUCCUCUGAUUCGGAUACGAAGUGAAUGUUUGGACUGGAUAUGACCGAUUCAUCAACAGCAUGGCCCGGUCAGAGGAGGUAGCGCUGGACCCUCUGUGUUGUGCUCUGCCUACCAGACAAGUAGCUCCCUAGCAGGAAAAGUUGUUUUGCUUCCAAGUCUUCGUUUUUCCACCUACCGUUGGGACAAUGGCCUCUCAGAUGUAUACUUUUGUCAGCCGCGACGACAACAGCAGCGUUUAUGCAGAAGUUUCCAAAAUCCUCCUGUCUACGGGGCAGUGGAAGAGGCUGAAAAGGGACAACCCCAGAUUCAAUUUGAUGCUCGGUGAACGGAACAGACUACCAUUUGGACGUCUAGGUCAUGAACCAGGACUGGUGCAGCUGGUGAAUUACUACAGAGGGGCAGACAAGCUUUGCAGGAAGGCGUCCUUGGUCAAGCUAAUAAAGACCAGCCCAGAGCUCUCUGAUUCGUCCAACUGGUUCCCGGAAUCCUACAUCAUUUAUCCCACCAACCUCAACACUCCUGUGGCUCCCGCUACAAAUGGCCUCAGCCAUCUGAAGAGCAAUCCCAAGACGGAUGAGCGAGAAGUUUUCUUGGCUUCCUAUCACUCCAAAAAAGAAAGUGGAGAGGGGACAGUGUGGAUAGCCAAGUCAUCUGCUGGAGCUAAAGGUGCUGGUAUUCUGAUAUCGCACGAUGCUCACCAGCUACUGGAGUACAUUGACAAUCAAGGACAGGUUCAUGUUAUUCAGAAGUACCUGGAGAAACCUUUACUUCUGCAGCCUGGACAUCGGAAGUUUGACAUCAGGAGCUGGGUCCUUGUGGACCACCAUUACAACAUGUAUUUAUAUCGAGAGGGCGUGCUGCGGACAUCCUCUGAGCCGUACAACAGCUCCGACCUCCAGGACAUGACCAGCCACUUGACCAACCACUGCAUCCAGAAGGAGCACUCCCAGAACUACGGUCGCUAUGAGGAAGGGAACGAGAUGUUUUUUGACGAGUUCCGUCUAUACCUGCUCAACACUCACAGUAUCAUCCUGGAGUCCACAAUAUUACCUCAGAUCAAGCAAAUCAUCAAGAGCUGUCUGUCAUGCAUUGAACCAGCGAUUAGCACCAAGCAUCUCUCCUACCAGAGCUUCCAGUUGUUUGGGUUCGACUUCAUGGUGGAUGUGAACUUCAAAGUGUGGCUCAUUGAGAUCAACGGAGCACCAGCCUGUGCACAGAAGCUGUACCCUGAGCUGUGUCAAGGCAUAGUGGAUGUAGCCAUUUCCAGUGUCUUCACCCGGAACAAUAGUGGUGACUCCUCAUCGUCUUCGCCUUAUUCUUCCUCUCCAUCAGCCCUGUUUUCGACCAACGCUUGCUCCUCACCCAAACUGAGAGGCCCGCUUCAUGUUGGACCUUUUACUCGACUUUAAAGCACAAGCAAAUCACCCUCCUCUGUCCUCACUGCUGGAGGAGCAGCAAAGGCCAUCAAUUGUAAUCUGAGCAUUUCUUGUACCUCGUCUUUCACCCAUGUGUGUGUGUUCGAUAUGCAGGUGGGGUAACAUUUUGGUUUAUUUGAAGAACAAAAUUAAAAGAUACCAAACAUUCUGAGAGUGUACUUUAGGAACCGGAAUUUGUCCUUCGCCCCCUGACAGAUUGUUGGGAAUCCUGAGAAAGUGCAGACGCUCAAGAAAUAAAACCUGUGCCUUACAUUUCUGGCCAUUCAACUACUAAUGUAACAACCCAUCAACAUGUGUCUGGAAGUUUGUCAACUGACACAUCUUGACAAUACAGGCAGCAGAGAGAACUAGUGAGCAAGGAGGCCAUCCUUCAUUUGGGAGGUCCAGGGCACGAAUCAUGCUCCAACUUUAUCCAAGAAACAUAUUUGGAUAGGCUCCAUUUACUGUAUGUUGAACUGUGUCAAUUAUCUCACCACCUAAUUAGUGAGUCCGUGUAAACACGUUUUGAGAAUUGUUUUCUUCCCUUUGGACAUAUUAGUCAUAAACACGUCAUUUUAUUUCCUAUUCCUAAUCUAGUCUCUGAUGUUUGCCUCUGGUAUUUUGUUGUUAUUUGUCAUAAGUCAACAAAUGCUGUUAAUGCAUUUGUUUAUGUUAAAGUUACUGUGUAUUUACAUUUCUGAAGAGUGGAGACUGGAUAUUUGGGCAACUUAAUCCAGAAUGUCUGGUUUAUUCAUGGAAGACACUGCGUUUGCAGAUUUAUUCAGUGAAUUCCUAAAUAUGAUGAGUCCAUUCGUGUAUUCAUUAUAACAGAUUUGUAACCAGAAGAAUGAAAAGGCAAUUGUGUAAGCACAAAAAGGCUUUUCAUGUUAUUUUGGUGACAAAUUGGUAACUAUAAUAUGACUGGUGAUUUUUUUUUUGUUUGUUUUAGGGGGGGAAUGUGAUUCCAAAAGGUGCCUUGGAGGACUUGUAUGUAGAUUUUUUUUCUUUUACGAAGCAUUUGUACCUUAUUAAAUUAGUGUAAAUUUCCUUUUCGACAAACAAAUGACAUUUCCUGUUUAUUUUUAAAUUGCACAUCCAAUUUACUGUUACCAUGUUUGUUCCACUGUUUUCUCGAGUCUCGGAUGUCUUCAUCCCAACCAAAGAUGAAAUUCAUGCUGUAUGUUAAAUAGAUACUCCAAUCAUGUACCGUAAUCUGAAUUAAGUUAAUGAACCCAUCUGAAAUUGAGCGUCAUAAUAAGAAGGGUGUGGGUGUUGUGCUUUCGUUUGCUGGUGCGUUCUUCAAAUGUUGCAUGGUUGUUCGUCAUGAACUGUAUCGCUAGAAUAACAAUAAACUGGAUCAGAGACAAGCUUCCUCUGGCCGGCUGCGGUGCAGUCGACUGUUCUGAACUUU